GUUCUUUAGGUUAAAAGUUAAUUUGUUCGCUGGAGCUGUUCCGGAUCAAAUCAUACUGUUACGAACCUAUUUUUGACAAUGACGUUCAUAAAAUUCUUAUUAAUUGUAGUUUUGUGUAGACUAAAAGAAAUAAAGGGUUUUAACUACUGUAAGGUAAGUGGGUGUAAACCGAGAGACCACACUAUGUGCAAGUAUCCCGCGAAUAAGCCCGACUGUAAGUUAGUGCAUGCAGGCCUGGACGACGAACAGCGGAAGGCGAUUCUGAAAAAGCACAAUCGGUUAAGACAGAAAGUAGCCGUGGGAAACGAGACCAAACAACCGGCGGCCGCGAAUAUGAUGAAGCUCUCAUGGAACUACGAGGCGGAGGACAUCGCUCAGAGGUGGACAGAGAGAUGUCCAACUGUUCAUGAUUCGUGCAGAAGGAUGAAGGAUGGAACGGCCGUAGGACAGAACAUAAUGAGUCUACUCCGAAACACCGGUACGACCAACAGAUCAGGGGUUGCAAAUCAUUGUAUCCAACAUUGGUACAACGAGGUGGAAUCCUUGGAUACAGACCAGAUCGAAGGCUUUACUUCUAUAUAUAGUUAUGACGAUCUGAUUGUAGGCCACUACACCGCCAUCGUCAGUUCUGAUACUAAACAGUUGGGAUGUGGAUACGUAGAAAAGGGUUUAGUUCAAACUGACAUGAUGGCAAUCAUACUAACGUGCAACUAUGUACCCACCGGAAACGUGAAAAACAGGCCGAUCUACAAAGUAGGAGCAGCUUGCAGCGCUUGCCCCAAAGGAUCCAAGUGCAGCGUGAGGUAUCCUGGCCUUUGUACGGAUGAGGAGGACGAGUAUAACGACAUUCCCAAACAUAGAGACAAACACAAACCCAGACGAGCCCAGGCGAUAAGCAUCCAUCCCUCUUUAUCCUCUUUGGUUGUACUCUUCGUUCACGUAUACUUUAGAAACGCCCUGGUAUAAAUAAUCA